CAAGCCCGACGGAAAUGGUUGACGAUAUCCAGAAGGCUCGGUAUCGAUGAGUCGGGUUCAGGUGUUCAACGCGAACCAUAAUAAAGUCUUCAUUACCAUGGAUGGAAAGGCUCGUGAUAAGUGAGACCACAUUGUUGCGCUCUUUGGGUAUUAGGACUAGUGGAAGUAAUGCUGAAGAAUUGCUGACCCGGAUACCCCGCAUAAUGAACUUACCGGAACACUGCAUAUCACAAACUAUCCGUGUGGCUAGACUGGCCCAAAUCGAAGGGUUGACAUACCACACAUACUACCCGCUGUUGACCAAUUGGAUAUGUACGUUAAGAUACGUGUGCUGACGUACCUUCAGGCUGGUCGCCUUUUCUGUCAUGUC